GGGAGCGCGUGACCGUCCCACGGGGGGGGGCUGUUGCUCGAUCCGCGAGACCGAGGGGCAAAAAAAUUGCCGGAAGACUGGUUCCCUCUGCCGACGGAGCGCGGCCCUUCUGCACAGCCAGCGAAUCAGCAGGCUGCUUGCUUGCCACGUGGGCGCGCUCCAAUGACUGGCCUGUUUAUUGGCCUGCGGAGCGGAGAAACCGCACCCUGGCGCGGCGGUGGAGAAGAAGCGGGCGGUCGCGGGCCGGAGUCAGGCGGUGAUAGGCGCGUCGGCAGCGGAUCCGUCUGAGGUGUUUCUCGGCGCUGGACGCCCCUCUUUCUGCAUCUUUGGAACCACUGAAAUAGUGCUAUGAAUGGUGAAUCUAGAACAGAAGUGGUAACUUCACCACUUCCAACAGCCCCUCAUAAAGAGAGAUAUUUUGAUAGAGUUGAUGAAAAUAACCCAGAGUACUUGCGAGAGAGGAACAUGGCACCUGACCUUCGCCAGGAUUUUAACAUGAUGGAACAGAAGAAGAGAGUCUCCAUGAUUCUUCAAAGUCCAGCGUUUUGUGAAGAAUUGGAAUCAAUGAUCCAGGAACAAUUUAAGAAAGGGAAGAACCCAACAGGCUUACUGGCUUUACAACAGAUUGCAGACUUCAUGACAGCAAAUGUCCCCAAUGUCUACCCAGCAGCACCUCAAGGUGGAAUGGCUGCCUUAAACAUGAGCCUUGGCAUGGUGACACCUGUGAAUGAUCUUAGGGGAUCAGAUUCCAUUGCAUAUGAGAAAGGAGAAAAAUUAUUAAGAUGUAAACUGGCAGCUUUCUACAGAUUAGCAGAUCUCUUUGGCUGGUCUCAGCUUAUUUACAAUCACAUAACAGUCAGAGUAAGUUCAGAGCAGGAGCAUUUUCUCAUUGUUCCUUUUGGGCUUCUGUAUAGUGAGGUUACUGCAUCAAGUCUGGUUAAAAUAAAUAUUCAAGGGGAUGUGGUUGAUCGUGGAAGCACUAAUUUGGGAGUCAACCAAGCUGGCUUCACCUUGCACUCUGCCAUUUAUGCAGCUAGACCUGACAUCAAAUGCAUUGUUCAUAUUCACACACCAGCAGGGGCAGCGGUGUCUGCAAUGAAAAGUGGUGUCUUGCCGAUUUCACCUGAGGCGUUGUCCCUUGGUGAGAUAACAUAUCAUGAUUACCAUGGUAUUCUUGUGGACGAUGAAGAGAAAGUAUUAAUUCAGAAGAAUCUGGGCCCCAAAAGCAAAGUUCUCAUACUCAGAAAUCAUGGUUUGGUAGCAGUUGGAGAAAGUGUGGAAGAGGCUUUCUACUAUAUACACAAUUUGGUGGUUGCUUGUGAGAUCCAAGUACGUACUUUGGCCAGCGCAGGGGGUCCAGACAAUUUAGUGCUGUUGGACCCUGAAAAAUAUAAAGUGAAGUCUCGUUGUCCUGAGUCUCAAGCAGGGGAGGGAACAGCAUCUUAUCCAAAAUGGCAGACUGGAGAGCAGGAAUUUGAAGCUCUUAUGCGAAUGCUUGAUAAUUUGGGUUACAGAACUGGUUACCCUUAUCGAUGCCCUGCUCUGAGAGAAAAGUCUAAAAAAUACAGUGAUGUGGAGAUCCCUGCUAGUGUCACAGGGUAUUCUUUUGCUAGCGAUGGGGACUCGGGCACUUGUUCUCCUUUGCGGCAUAGUUUUCAGAAACAACAGCGAGAGAAGACAAGGUGGCUGAAUUCUGGCCGAGGUGAUGAUGCUUCUGAAGAAGGGCAGAACGGCGGCAGCCCCAAGUCGAAGACUAAGGUGUGGACGAACAUUACACACGAUCACGUGAAACCCUUGCUGCAGUCUCUCUCGUCCGGUGUCUGCGUGCCAAGCUGUAUUACCAACUGCUUGUGGACUAAAGAGGAUGGACAUAGAACUGCCACCUCUGCUGUCCAAAAUCUGUUUGUUCCCUUGAACACUAACCCAAAGGAGGUCCAAGAAAUGAGGAACAAGAUCCGGGAGCAAAAUCUGCAGGACAUUAAAACUGCUGGUCCACAGUCUCAGGUUCUUUCUGGAGUUGUUGUAGACAGGAGCCUUGUACAGGAUGCUCCCCUCUCAGACUGUACGGAAACAAUUGAAGGGCUCGAUCCCACAGAGCAGGCCUUUAGUCCCGGUAAAUCUGUCUCUGUUAGAAAGGGAGAAUUGGUGACAGCAUCAAAGGCAAUUAUAGAGAAGGAAUAUCAGCCACGAGUCAUAGUAAGCACAACAGGACCAAAUCCCUUCAACAAGCUCACAGACAGAGAAUUGGAAGAGUAUCGCAGAGAAAUAGAAAGGAAACAGAGGCAGUCAGAAGAAGAUUCAGAGGAUGCCAGGCAGCAGGGAGAAGGAGGUUAUCCUGACCAAACUGUUGCUUCUACUCCACCCAGCAGUCCAGCUAAGCCAGAGGAAGGGAGGCAGACUAACCAGGCCUACAAUGACGAUAGUGACGCUGCAACCUUCAAGCAAAGCCUCCCAGACCUCACCCCUGAUGAGCCUUCAGAAGCCCUCAACUUCCCAGCCAUUGGAAAAGAAGAUGAGAAAUGUGACAAGGAUCUCACUCAAAGUCAGACUGAGCAUCCUUCUGAAAACCAGGAGCCCCAGUCUCAGCCUGGCGAAGAGACAAUGAUCCCACUGGCUGAGGAGGGGGGAACAGCUGAACCAGGAGGUGAUGAGUCUCCUGGGAAGUCUCCGUCCAAGAAGAAGAAGAAAUUUCGUACACCUUCCUUCCUGAAGAAAAACAAAAAGAAGAGUGACUCCUAAAGAUCUUUAAAAUGCUGUUAUGUUUUAGAAUCUAAGUUUAUGAAACAGUAGAGUAUGUCACAUCUUACAGAGCAAUCUUUUCUUUUUGUCCUUUAUUACAAAGCAGACCAAGCAAUGCCCUCAAGCUACAGCUUGAAUGAUUAACUUUAACAAGUAGCAAGCAGAAGGUACUAAUCCUGGGUCUGCAACCGCAGCUCACCAGGGUUUAUCCCUAGUAGAUAUACUAGAGCUGAGGGAACCUUUGUUCCUCCACAUGAAGAUGCAUUACAUUUUCCACUCAUCCUUCACUAUUGGCCAGGCUAGCAGAGAUGAUGGAAUUUGAGUACAGGGACAUCUGGAGAUCCAUGGGUUCUCCAACCCUGAUGUAAACAAAACUAAGUGACUUCUGUGGAAGAUAGUGAGCCAGUAUAUGUAACUUUGAAAGCUCAUGUUGCUUUAUAUAUGAAAGCAAGUAUUUUUCUCAAGGUCCUGCAAAAGAGAAUGUUACUAUCUGCUAACUCUAAACUUUAUGCUUAUCUCUAAGCAUACGGUUGCUGCAAGUGGUUUUACGUACUUGGAGAUGACUGCAUUUAUAAUCUGAGAUACUAUAUUGUUAAACUGAGCAUCUGCUUCUGCACUGUGUAAUUAGAAAUAUUGUUACACCAAGGCUUAACAGAAAGAUGUAUUUCUCCCCUUUUACUCAGUAUUGUAGCAUAGCUGAGAUUUAAACCUACUUGUUAUGUCUAAACAAAAUGAAGUAACUUCUGGUAUUCCCUGCUAACACCUCUGCUUGUUUUCUAAUACAUUUCAUGUAAACUUUCCCAUAGAAUAAUCAGCUAUUUUAUUAAUUUGUUUUGUAGCAAAAGAGUGUAUUUAACCUCACCUGAAGAUAAGGCCCUUAGGAAUAAAAAAAAAUCCUGCCACACCUGCAGUUUGUUUUGCAUGUUUUCUGACGUCACGUAUUUGCUGAAAUGUAUAUCAACCACUAAAGGACAUUAGAGUUGCUGCUGUUGCAGUCUGAGCAGUCCUUUAUGGUUGAAGGCCCUGUCAUUUUCCGACCGUGGCUAAAUCAAGAUCAUGUGACAUUUUUAUGAGAACCCAUUGUUGGAAUUUGUUAAAGCUAGCUGUUUUCUACCUUUCUGGGUUCACUCAUUUAAAAAUAGAGUGCAGAAACAGUUUUGUGCCUGUGAAUAUCUAAUAAUGCAUUUACGUUAAUAAUUACACAACUUAAAAUUGGCUCAUUUUUAUAAAAAACCCAUUUUGCUUGAGGUCAGAGGGAGCUAUGAUAUUAGUUUUUAUGAAUUAACUUGGGCUUAGAAAUUAAUAUUGCACCAUCUAAAGAUAAUGUGUGUUUUUGGUUGUUUUUAAAUUCAAGAUUGGUGAAAUAGAUAGUGUUGAAUGCCUUACUAUUUGUGCUUUUAAAAAGUACAGAAAAACAGAAUAAAUUCAGUAAUUGGGUGCGGCUAAUGUCUAUGUUAGGUUCCAAAUGGAAGUAUAAACUUUUCCCCCUGUAGUAAUAUAAGUAAAGAAGGGUUACACAGAGAUGAAGGCUGGUGACAGUAAUGCUUCCACUAUAUGAAGACUGACGAGGAGUAAAAAUUGAGGACUUUUAAAAAGAGAAAUCUGAGCUAUGAUGUUUUAUACAGAUUGCAUGGCACUGUUGGCUUUAAGCUUGUUUUCUAACUGUGUGUCCUGUGAACACUAAGAAGCUUAAUUGUGUCUCAUUGCCAGGAUUGCAUUACAAAAGUCAUUCUUUUGAUGUUUCUUUACAAAAUGUAUGGACUCUGUCUGUUGACCACAUAUACAAUGAUGUUUAAGUUCUAAUUUUGUAGCUCUUGUCAUUUCUUUGAUUAUAUAUGAAAUCUAGCUAUGGCAUGAUGUGAUAACACAAAGCUGUGGGCAGGGUAAAGACCUGUAUCUCUCUCUCUCUCUCUCACACACACACACACACACACACACAUACACAUUGUUUCAUUCAGUUCUAACAUAGAAUAUAAUUCUUUAGAGGAGAGACAUAUAUUUCUGUCUUAUUUCUAUGUUCAAAUGAUCUUGAUUCCUGAAGGACUUGUAUCAUCUUUUAAAAGUAGUUUCAGUGCGUUUACAAAAAAAGCUAGACCAACACAGCCAGUGCAUAGAAAUCCGUAGCCACUGGAAGGGAGCCUUAUGUAUCCUUAUCAACACUAUGAUACAGCCAAGCAACUAGCAAAAUAAUCUCAGCUUGUCACAGGCUUCAAACUCCAGAGUAGCUACCAAGCACUUUUGAGUGUUGAUACAGCUUCACCCACUGGGGAGGGAGAAUUGCUUCCCAAAAAUGUGAGUCAGUAAACUCCCCCCACCCCCCGGUGACUGAUGUCUAGUAUAUAAUGAUAUCACAAGACUGUUUCCCAAAGUAUAGACUGGUAUGUUACAAAUUCCAGAGGUCUUACCUUGCUCUUGUAGUGCUGGUGAGAAAUGGACAAUGGCAUUCAGGUGGGGACCACAAUGUGCAUGCAACUCUUAACAGAUCCCAAACUUUUUACCUCUCUUCAUCUGGGAAUUACUUUAUUUGUUCAGAGAUGUAUUUUGUUCCCCUGUACGAGCUCCCUUUCAUUUUAGUUUAGAUAUAUUAUUGCCAACUGAAGCAACACUUCAUGUAUCUCAUGCAAUGGACUAUAAUCCAUGAAAAUUUAUGCCACAUGCGCAAAGCUCACAAUGUCAUUAACCUUGGUCUCCUAUUGUUAAUUAAAAGUUUCUGAUUCAACACUUCCA